AAUUGCUGUUACAUCCGGGUUCUGUCAACACGUGUGAGUGUUUAUCUGGACCUGGACUUUCAGCUGGACCUGGACCUGGACCUGGACCUGGACUAGACACACUUAUAGUUCGCCAUGUUGGAGCAGCUGGGUCUGAUCGGAACCAUCCGGGACGAGGACCAAAGUCCGGACGAACCCGACUCCGAGUCCGACCAAGAGGAGCAGCCGAUCGUCCUGAACAGGAAGAAGAAGAAGUUUGGGGGUCGUGGGUCGAGAGACUUUAACGGUGACUUUGAGUUUGGAGAGCGAGACGUGGAUCAUGAUGACAGCUGGGUGAUGGCAGACGUCAUGAAACAGCUCAAAAACAAGAGAACAGCGACAACUCUGGACCAGAAAAUAGAGAAAAUCAGGAAGAAGAGGAAGGCUGAGGAGAAGUCGUCUUGUGAUGCUGGUGAAGGUUCCUCAGUGAAGAACCAGGAGGAGGACGAUGUGAAGCCCUCUGUAGGAGAGACUGAUGGAGAUGAUAAAGAUGAUGAUGAUGAUGAUGAUGAUGAUGAUGAUGAGUUUGGUUCGAGUGAUGAAGAGAUUCUGACCAAAUCAGACACUCUGAGAGAAAAGGAACGUCGGGGGAGGAAGAGGAAGGCCGAGGAGGAGGCUCCAGAGUCAUUCUAUGAAGACGCGUCUCAGUACGAUGAUCAGCUGACGUUUGAUGACAUGAAUUUGUCCAGACCCAUCCUGAAGGCCGUCACCGCUCUGGGCUUCAAGCAGCCGACCCCGAUCCAGAAGGCCUGUGUUCCCGUGGGUCUGCUGGGCCGAGACCUGUGCGCCUGUGCCGCUACUGGGACAGGGAAGACGGCCGCCUUCAUGUUACCUGUGUUGGAGCGCUUGGUUUAUAAGCCCAGGACGUCCCAGGUGACCCGAGUCUUGGUUCUGGUUCCCACCAGAGAGCUGGGAAUCCAGGUCCACUCUGUGGCCCGUCAGCUGGCCCAGUUCACCUCCAUCACAACCUGCCUGGCCGUUGGUGGGUUGGACCUGAAGUCUCAGGAAGCAGCGUUGAGGGCGGGGCCUGAUGUUCUGAUCGCUACACCUGGUCGGCUCAUCGAUCACCUUCACAACACGCCGAGCUUUGAGCUGAGCCACAUCGAGAUCCUGAUUCUGGACGAAGCUGACAGGAUGUUGGACGAGUACUUUGAGGAACAGAUGAAGGAGAUCAUCAGGUUAUGUUCCUACAACCGACAGACCAUGCUGUUUUCUGCCACCAUGACAGAGGAGGUGAAGGACCUGGCAGCUGUUUCCCUGAAGCAGCCAAUCAGGAUCUUCGUCAACAGCAACACUGACGUGGCCCCGUUCCUUCGUCAGGAGUUUGUUCGGAUCCGACCUCACAGAGAAGGAGACAGAGAGGCAGUGGUAGCUGCUCUGCUGACUCGGACCUUCCAAGACCACGUGAUGUGUUUCACUCAGACGAGGAAACAGGCCCAUAGACUCCACAUCCUGUUGGGACUGAUGGGGCUGAAGGUCGGAGAACUGCACGGAGAACUGAGCCAGAACCAGCGACUGGAGAACCUCAGACGUUUUAAAGACGAUCAGAUUGACAUCUUGGUGGCAACAGACGUAGCAGCAAGAGGUUUGGACAUCGAUGGAGUGAAAACGGUGAUAAACUUCACUAUGCCGUCCACCAUCAAACAUUACGUCCAUCGAGUGGGACGGACAGCAAGAGCUGGACGUUGGGGACGUUCAGUGUCUCUGGUGGGAGAGUCUGAGAGGAAGAUGCUGAAGGAGGUGGUGAAGACGGCUAAGGACAGCGUGAAGGCUCGAGUCAUUCCCCCAGAUGUGGUCCUGAAGUUCAGGGAUUUGGUCUCAAAACUGGAGAAAGAUGUUGAAGCUGUGAUGAAGUUGGAGAGAGAAGAGAGAGAGCUGGCAGCAUCCGAGGCCAAGUUGAGUGUUGCUCAGAAGCGUCUCAAUGGAUCUGCAGCAUCGACUGAAUCACAGAGAGUUUGGUUUCAGACUGAGAAAGAAAGGAAACAGAGUCGCAUGUCGAAGGCUCUGCAGGAGUUUGAUCUCGCUCUGAGGACCAAGAAGAAGAGAGAAAAGUUCCUGAAGGAUGGCAGAAAGAAGGAGAUGACGUCUGAGGAGCGCACUCAGUUUGAGAUCUUGAAGGCUCAGAUGUUUGCUGAGCGGGCGGCCAAGAGAGAGAGACGACCAAAGAGAGCGAGAGCGAUGCCUGAAGACGAGACGCCGGCUCCAGCAGCCAAUCAGAAAGGAGGAAAAGGAGGCAGGAAGUCGGUGUUCGAUAAAGAGUUGACCAACACAAGCAGCAAGGCUCUGAAACACUACCGAGCCGGGCCGUCCUUUGCAGACAGGAAACGUCUGGGGUUGGACAGGAAGCGUCCAGGUGGAAACAGGUUCAAGAGGAAGUGAAGCAGAGACGGACGCAGAUGUUUAUUUUCUCAUUAUUUCUGUUAGUUUGACAUGUUUGAAAUAAAGUUGUAGUCUGUAUUAAAAAAAA